UUUCACCACAAGCUGUUUUAAUAUAAUCCUGAUUCAGAAAUAAAUCAAAUUACAUGGAAUACAAUUUAUAAAAAUAUCACAAUUCAGUUUAGCCUUAAAUACCGAUACUAGUAAUUGUUAGUUAAUUUAUUCUAAUAACUUAAUCCUAAUUAUUUUCAACAGGUAGAUCCAGUAUAUUAAUAAUUACACAAUAAUAAUUAUCUUGAUUAAAAAUAGUAAAUCUGCCUCAGAAGUACCGGCUACAGCGUUCUCAGACCGCAUCAUUCGGGCCUGCAUUCUGAGGUCCCAGCCAGUGAGCGCCUUAGCAGUUGUGAUGCCGUCAAAGUACCAGAAGAGGGCGACAAAUGUCCCAACAGAAACCAAAGGUCAUCUAACUACUUUCAAAAUAAAUGCAGUGACAGUGAACAUGUUUACUUGUGGUCUAGACUUUUACGCUUCAUGUAGCUUUGCGCAUGCGUCAACUGUGGAAGCGCGUAAACCAGAAGAGACCUCACGGUUGGGGCUAGAGAGUGGGGUCCUCAGAUUGCAGUUGAGAUCGUUUGUCCGACUCAUGUAAAACUCGUCACUCGAGAGAUACUCUCCUAUUGGGCCAGUUUCUUCAGUGCCUGUCUCUGAUUGGACAGCUGAGCUGUCGAUCAUUCCAGUGCGCCUGUGUUGUGAACUGGUUCAGCUGGACAGGGGUUCCUGGGCAGCAGAGAACUACACUAAAGAUGACCACUGAGACUCGGAAGAUGAGACAAAUGUAAAAAUUAGGAGUCCGACUCAGAAGUGAAGCAUGAAAGUAGCCAGAGUGGCCUUUUACGUCUCCGCCCUGGGGUUCCUGGUGGUCGGCCUGCGGGAGCUGCUGACUGGCUUCGAGGAGAACAGAUGCAGCAUGACCUACAUGUUCGAAUACCCAGAGUACCGGCGAGUGGCUCUGCCUCGUCGCAUGGCCAGAUCCUACCCUGCUUAUGGACUCUACCUGUACGGAGAGGGCCUGUACGCUCAGGAGACCCGGCAUCUCAAACUCACUGGCACACCUGUUGUCUUUCUGCCCGGCAACGCAGGAAGUUACAAACAAGCUCGAUCCCUGGGAUCAGUGGCGUUACGAAAGGCUGAAAACGUGGAGGGAGGGAUUCAUCUGAACGUGUUCACGGUGGACUUCAACGAGGAGCUGGUGGCUCUCUAUGGAGGCAGUUUGCUCAGACAAACCCAUUUCCUACAUGAGAGCAUUAAAGCCAUCCUACGACUCUAUAAGCACCUUAAAAACCCCCCUCAGAGCGUAGCAAUUGUUGGUCACUCCAUGGGGGGAGUGGUGGCUCGAGCACUGUUCACAUUACCUCGAUUCAACCCUCACCUGGUCAGCCUCAUCAUCACCCAGGCCUCUCCACACCUGGCUCCAGUUCUGGGGCUGGACCCGUUCCUUCUGGAGUUCUACGCUGCUGUGAGACAGAAGUGGGUGAACCAGGCUAACAAGCUCAGGAACGUGACUGUUCUGUCUAUCGGAGGUGGUUACCGCGACUACCAGGUCCGCUCUGGCCUGACAUCCCUCCCCUGCCCCCCCGGCGACCCUAAUAAACUGUCCUUAGUGGUCACUGCAGUCCCCAGGACAUGGGUGUCCACUGAUCAUCUGUCCAUAGUUUGGUGCAAAGAGCUGGUUCUUGCUACUGUCAGAGCGUUCUUCGACCUCAUAAACACUGAAAUAAGACAGUUCACAGAUAACUCGGACAGGAAGUUAUCUGUCCUGAAUCAUCAUUUCAUGAGACAUCCUGUCAGAAUGGUGGGAGACAUUCAGGACACGUUUGUCUCCUUCUCAGAUUUCCCUGAAGCCUGGACUGAAGUCAACACCCUCCGUCUGUCCUACAGCACACCAACGGAAGGACAUGUCAGGUACUUCCUGUUCGCGCUGUCGAGUCGCAGGACAGCCUACAGCCACUUCUACUGUCGCAGCAACAACCUUGAGACGAGCAGCUGGGUGUUCGGCUGCGUGCAGAGGAAUGGGUCUUCAUGUGUGAAAGCAGUGGACCUGUCUUCAGGAACAGAACUUCUGCCACCUUACAAGGUCCUGAUUCUGCGUCUGGGCGACUUGUCUGCUGUUAGUCAUCUGGUUGUUUCUGCCUCUAACCUCAAUGGCAAACCGGGCACAGUGGAGUGUGAGUGGCAGAGGCAGGAGGCUCAGACUCUGACCGUGUCCGUGCCUCAUGUUCUGUCUUUAGGUUUUACAGCCAGUGAGGUUCUGGUGAACUCGUCUGGACUCCUUCAUAACAUCCAGCUGCUCCACUUUCACCAGGUCUACCAGGCGUUCAGAAUCAGCCUUGUGAGUCAGUGCAAAGUGACUAAAGACAGGUUACCCAGCGUGUAUCGGAUGAAGGUGCCCUGGUUCAGAGAGGACUCCUUCACCACAGUCAGUGUCCCGUCAGUGGCCGAGAUCUCAGGGAUGCUCCACACCAGUCGACCAGACAACACCUCAAGUGUCCUCCUGCAGCUCCACACUGCCCCCAACUGUCAGUACAAGGUGUCUGUACGAACAUCGUUACCCAAGGUGCUUGGACAGGCUCUGAGGUUCUGUGGUCCCAUGGUUCCGGUCUACACGGCUGUAACUCUCUUCCUGGCCUGUGGGGGGCAGCUGUUGUCUGUCCUGAAGUCAAGGGGCACCGUUGACAUGAGCCAGGCGGUGGCUGCAGGACUGCAGCCUCAUAAAAUAAACCUACCUGUUUAUGUUUUAAGCGUCUUUCUCAGCUGGUUUCAGGAGGUCUGGUCCAUCCUCAGCCUCCCACCUGUGGACACGCUCCCCCCGACCUUUCCCGAUGGAACGCUCCAUGAGGGACUUUUGUCUCCUGAGGACUGGCCCCACCUCCUGUCUCCUCUGAUUUAUAUCUUCGGGGCUGCUGUGGCGUACUGGGGCAGCACUUUGCUCCGCCUCCUGAUUCAGAUCAUCUCACUGGUGUUGGCGCCGCUGCACAGGCCAUCUGUGUCCAGAGACUGUGGGACUCUGCGGACGAGGACGCUACUCUUCAUCAGCCUCUGUUUGGUGGUUGUGGGCGGGGCUUCCUGUGGGGCUUUGGCCAUCUUUACAUCCUCUCUCUUGCACCUGUACAGGGUUGUCCGGCUGCAAAUGACGGAGAGAUCUCUGAGACACAUGCUGAACCUGGCGCCACAGAAACCCAAACCAGCCGACAACGGUUCUGCGGAUACGGAGGCCUGGAACGGGGCUAAAGAUUUCAGCAACGCCCCAUUGCUGUCGGAGUGCGCCCUGCAGGAGGUGAGGACCGACCUGCAGCUGCACUUCAGCAUGUCGGCCGUCUUCAUGCUGCCCGUCAUGCUCGGGAUGCCGUCGCUGCUCCACUGGAUCAGAAACCUGAGGUUCUCCACCCAGCUGGAUCCUGACCCACUGUGGCCUCACACUGUGCCUCUCAUCUUUGCCUACUUGCUGCUAAUCAACUGUAACUCUUCAAACCUCAGUAGCAGUCGACUCCUGCCUCUGGUCUCCCUCCUCCCUCUUCCACUGGCUGUCACCAUGGCAACCUUCUCCUCACUCCACCUGUACAGAAUCACCUACUUCUUGUCAGCAGCGCUCGUCCCGUUGGCCCUGUGUUGUCUUUUCUGAUGGCGUCCCAGCCUGUGAGUUGCUGCCAGAUUGGAUGAGGACGACUCAGACUAAGGAGUGGUUCAGUCGGAGGCGGCGCUGAACGCUCCCGCUCUGGAAGUAUCAGGAAGUCAUGGCCUUUGAACCUUUGGUGUGAGUCUGUUGGAUGUCCAGAAACCGUGUUUGCCUUGUUUCUCUGAUGCAGAGAUGCUGCUGAUGUCCUCAACUGUGUGUGUGUGUGUGUGUGUAUGUGUGUGUGUGUGUGUGUGUGUGUGUGUGUGUGUGUGUGUGUGUGUGUGUGUGUGUGUGUGUGUGUGUGUCUGCAGCAGCUUGUUCCUGUAAACCCACUGCCUACUACACCCACUUACAGAUGGAGCUGCCGACGCUCCGUCACUGAGAUAACUGAUGUUUACAUCAUUAUUAUUAUUAUUAUUUAUUAACAGGAGGGGGAAUGUUGCUUUUUCUCUAAACUGUGAAAAGCCUUUGUGAUUGUUGUUUUUUGCCAAUAAUUCAUAUUUCCCAGGUGGGGAAGUUGGAUGGUUUCUGUAAAACUUGGGUGGACAUUCAAUCAUUUAUGUUUUUGCCUUUUUUCCUCCGGCUGUCGUACACAAACCUGUCUCUUGUCUUAAUCCCACGCAGUGUUCACAGCUGAGGGAAGAAACCAAUUCUGCUGGAAUCGUAUCAAACUGAUUUAUCUGACAAACUUUCUUCACUUGUUCUCAGAAAAUCUGAAUCUCCUCUUAGUCACAGCUGAGUCUCCGAAGUCUCCGCCUCCUCCCAGUCGUGCGUGUGUCGUGUCUUUACUGGUUCCAGUCCCCGGCCCUCACUCUGGGACAUUUUGAGACCUUUUAACGUCCAGAGCUGAGACUCAUGAGAGGAAACAACCUUGAAUACUUCCUGAGCACAGCUCAAAGAACUUCAUGUAAUCCUUCACAAUAAGAGCCUCAAACACCUGAAAACACCUUAAGUUUAUUAAAACUGAAUUCUACCAUAAAAAAGCUUUUCUGAGCUAAACUUUUAAAGUGGAACUAAGGCAGUUGGGUUCAGAAACACUAUAGGUUUUGUUUCCUCUUCACUUUCUAUCUGCUAGCCGCCAUCUUAGUAACGAAAAACGGGUUCAAUCACCAGUUCCACAUCUGUGACUUAGUGAGGUAACACAGGUUUGAUAAUUUUCAUCUGCUGUCCUGCUGCUGCGUCGUACACGCCAACGUUUGUUGGGUCAGCUGAGCAGCUCCUGUGCCUUCCUGCUUCCUCCUCCGUUUCCUGUGACGGUGACAGGAAGUUUACUUUACUGCGUCUGUGGGAUCUGCGUUGCCCUUCAGUCAUGUGACUUCACACACAUCAGUCAUUAGGGACCAGUUGUUGCUCCAGAUGUGAUUGUAAUUGCGCUGAAUGUUCCCUGUGAUCUGAGAAAUCAGCUUCUCUGUGUUCGUUUGGUGAAGUCUUAGUGCACGCACAUCAGUGGCCAUGUUGUAUAAACUUGUGACUUUGUAGACAAACGAUUAGAAACGGAGUGGUGUUUUAUAAACGUGCGGUUCGUAUUGGUGUUCACUGUGAUCACAUUCUUCCAGAUGUUCUGAUGGAAAACCCACAGUAAAACCUAACAGUCGUGCUUUUCCUUUAAACGUUUUGCUGUAAGUGUGGUCUCCGGUUCUAGCACUCGGAUGCGUCUCCGAUUGGUGUUUCUUCCCCUGAUCGCGACGGGUGUUCGUCAGGCUGUGUUUAGCAUUUUAGGCUAUUUUUCCCAGACCCCACCCCCACCUUGAGACAUCAAAUGUGGGUGUCUAAACUUUUUAAAAUAGGCGAGGCAGCUUUGUUUAUAAAGCAGCGCUCACGCCCAGAAGCAGUUCAGUGUGUUUUCUAUUAGCGAGAAUAACCCGCCUUGCCUGCUGGUGGUGGUCGGAGGGACCGGUGGCGCCAGUGCUCGGCAGCCUCGCCUUCGUCAGCGUGCCCCAGGGCAGCUGUGGCUACAUGGUACCUCAUCACCAUCAGCGUGUGAAUGGGUGAAUGAUACGCUGUAGUGUAAAGCGCUUUGGAGUCCUCUGACUCAAAGGCGCUAUACAAGUGCGGGUCAUUCAUCAUUAAGAACAUACCAACGUGUUUUUUUUAGCCCAUUUGUCCCCAAAUAUUGGAAAAGUACAUUUAAAUGGCCUGAUGUAGCCUUAAAUCUUGAAUUUAACAAUGUUAUUUAAAAUGGCGGAGGGGCGUUCACCAACGGUGUUCAGGGUCUGUGUGACUGUUAUUGUUGCUUCCUGUUUGUGAACACCUGCUCUAAUUCAUGCCGUUAAAACUUUUACCAAAACGAUUCACUCAAGCUCGACAUCAUCUGCUUGUUGGCCGGAUUUGAGUAACGUAUUUAUAAAUGUCCAUUAGUUUUAAUAUGUUUGCUUAGAGUUUGCGUUAUUUAAAUGUGUUAAUAAAUGGUGGCUGCAGAUUAAAAGGUGUGAAAGAUCUUGCUGUUUCAGGCCUUCUGUCUGAUUCUUUUUAAAGAUCUAGUUCACUGACGGGUUUUAUAAAUACAGUCAGUCACUCUGAGUUUCACAUGCAGGCUGAUAGUAAAUAGACUGUUAACGCUCGGAUUAGAGAAGCCUGUCACAUCUACGUCACACCGUCACCCUGGACUCAUGACGGGGAAGGCUGUCGGGUUAGCGUCCAGGAAACAGCAGAAAACUUCACGGCCAGUAGAAGCUAACCGUUAGCAAUAGCAACUCCACCACACAGCAGAACUCCUCCAGGCUUGUGUUAUUUAUGGAGAUGAAACAUCAACAUUGCAGAUCAAACCGUCAGUGGUAGAGUUGUGUUGCUGUUGGCCAAUCAAAGGACAGAUGUCCACAUAUCUGCAUAUAAGACUCCAUAUCCUGCUGUGCAAUGCUCACCUCUUUGGCUCGCUUCUAGUUCCUGAAAUAUAAGUGCCAGAGCUUUUUUUCUCCCACAUUUCAACUCACGAGGCAUUCAUUUAUACUAGAGACCACUGCAGAUGUGUUUAAAAACGAGUGAACAAAUAAAUCUGCUCCUUAAAUGUGCAAAUGUGUCAUGCAGUUGUAAAGAUGCUACAUCUACUUUUAUUUAGAUGUAUUGGUAACGAUCUUGUGUGGAAGGGUAAUCCUCAGGUUUGUGUGUUGUAUCAAGUAGGUGUUUUUAUAUUUCUCAUAUUUUUAUCUGAUUUUAAUGUAAACUGGCUUUCUUAAUUGAAAUUAAAACAAAAAUUUGUUCAACUAA